GCUACAAGAUGGCUGCCAAAGACGAGAUAGAUCGGUUGAAGAAUCUGUUAGGGUUACAGCCACAUCCCGCAGGUUUUGGGAGCUUCGUGGAAAACUGGCGGGCAGAGAGACAAGUGACGUUUGUGCAUCCUACCAGUCACGACGGCCCAAGAUCUUCCUCUUCCAGCAUAUACUUCAUGUUAGAAGGAACGAAUUUCAUCAGCUUUCACCUGUUAUUGUCGGAUGAGUUCUUCUACUGGCACGCUGGGGGCAAAGUAAAGAUCCACCUGAUCGAUAAAGAUGGCAACCAUAGCUCGCAUCUUUUGGGGGACACCCUGAAAAACCCUGAGUGUCGGUAUUACGUGGCGGUCCCUCACGACACAUGGUACGCAGCGGAGAUAAUCGAAAACGCCCCCUAUGUGCUAUACAGCGCUGUUGUUGCGCCAGGAUGGGAGCUUCGUGACUGGACAGAAGGGAAAAAGGAUGAACUUUCCAAACAAUAUCCGCAACACAAGGAGAAAUUUGAGAAACUGUGUUAUAUUUAAACUUUAUUCUGAUCAAUCUGCAUUACGCCCGAAAGGCGGAAUAAUGAAAGUAAGCAUUCCGUAACAGAUGACACCUGGCCAAAAUUGCAGUCAGAACCCACACUGUAAGGAGUAUGGAAGUGUGUUCAUACGUUUCAAAUGUGGUUAUUGAAAGCUGGGCAUAACCUGUUUCUUCCAAUUUUUGGACACCUGGCCUAAUCUUUUGGGCGCUUUUGAUUUAGCGCUUUUUACAUGAAGUACCCUAAAACUGUUUUAAUCCAACAGCUUAGCAUUGUGGAGAAAUAAACAGGCUUAUUUACCAUCUAUGCCAUGGUGAAAUGAUCUACUGGCUAAGCUGUUAGUGGGAAUGGUGACAGUUCUGAACUCCCCGGUGUGCCUGGCCCUAAUGAUUGGCCGGUGUCAUUGUACUAUAAUUGGCUUCUAAAUGUGUCAAGUCUGGUGUCACUUUCGCCAUGGUGUUGUUGUGCAGCAGCACUCCGUGAAUUUGGCCGCACUAUGUCCUACCUGCUAAAUACCAUGCAUAAGGACACGUGUCUAUCAGACGUGUCUGUCAUUCAAACUGAAAAAGUGAAAUUAUGUUCAAAGCGGCGCUAGAAAUCUCAAAGCAAACAUUGGCCUCCCUGGCCGUCGGUGAGCGCGCCAGUGCGGCGCAGUGAACCUCUCACGAA